AAGAAACAGUAAGCAGAGCGUGUCAUCAAAGUAUAAAAGGCCAUCUUGGCCCACUAUUAGCCCAGUGAACAUUUGGGCCGUUUGUACGCGGGCCAGAUGACUAUUCACCGGACCCAUCGAGAAGAACCAAACCCAGCCCAAUGUAAAUUCACAUGAAAUAAAACCAAUACGAUCUGUCUAUUUCCAAACCCAAGCCCCCUUCUUCCGCUUCUCGCCUUGUCCGGUUCUCCCCCCUCCGCUUCCCCCUCUCUCUCUAGGGUUUUACCCCAAGCCCUAGCGCGAUCCGGCAGCAAGCAUGGACGUGGAGGGCGAGGUCUCGGCGGCGGCGGCCGCUGCGGUGACGAACGGCCUGGGCGGCGCGGAGCCCUCCCCGGCGCCGCUGUCCGCCGAGCAGCUCGACGUGGAGGCGUACGCGGCGCAGUACUCGGGCCGGACACGCCUGCUGCGCCUCCUGUUCAUCGCCGAGAGGUGCGGCGUGGAGGCGGUCGAGCUCGAGGCGCUGCGGAUGGCGUUCGACGAGGCCAGGAAGCGCGAUGACACGCUGCUCUACCGCGACGCCGCGCACAGGAUCAAGGGCCGCCUCGGCCCGGCCUACCGCUACGACCAGGCGUGGGUCGACUCCGUACACCGCCGCGCCGAUCAGCGCAAGGAGAAGCUCGACAACGAGCUCAACGGAUACAGGACCAACCUUAUCAAAGAGAGCAUCAGAAUGGGUUAUAACGACAUUGGUGACUUCUACUAUGCUCAUGGCCAGCUGUCAGACGCAUUCAAGAACUAUAUCCGGACACGUGACUAUUGUACGACUUCCAAGCAUGUAGUUCAGAUGUGUAUGAAUGUUAUUCUGGUUAGCAUUGAGUUGGGACAGUUUGCACAUGUUACCAAUUAUGUCAGCAAAGCAGAGCAAACCCCAGACACCUUGGAUGGUAUCCCUCUCGCAAAAUUGCGAGCAGCUGCAGGAUUAGCCUACUUGAAAACAAAGAAAUAUAAACUUUCUGCCCGUAAGUUUCUUGAGACAGGACCUGAGCUAGGAAGCAACUAUUCUGAAGUCAUAGCUCCGCAAGAUGUGGCUGUCUAUGGUGCCCUUUGUGCACUUGCUUCUUUUGAUCGUUCAGACCUGAAGAGCAAAGUUAUUGACAAUGUUAACUUCCGUAAUUUUCUGGAGCUGGUGCCUGAAGUAAGGGAGCUGGUCAAUGAUUUCUAUUCUAGUCGCUAUGGAUCAUGCUUGGAGCACCUUGAGAAGCUAAAGCCAAAUCUCCUUCUGGAUAUUCAUCUGCAUGAACAUCUGGAGACUCUGUACAAGGAUAUUCGCCACAAAGCUAUCAUACAGUACACACUUCCAUUUAUAUCUGUUGAUCUUAACACAAUGGCUGAUGCUUUCAAGACCUCUGUGUCCUUGUUGGAGAAAGAGCUGGCUGCACUGAUCACUGAGAACAAAAUACAGGCUCGAAUUGAUUCCCACAACAAGAUUCUGUAUGCAAGGCAUGCUGACCAAAGAAAUGCAACUUUCCAACGCGCCCUCCAAACCGGCAACGAGUUUGAGACAGAUGUUAAGGCUAUGCUUCUGAGGGCUAACCUCAUCAGACAUGAUUUCAACCAAAGAGCUGCCUCUGGACAAAGGAAGAUAUGAACUUCUGAUGCUGAAGAAUGGCUGUCUGCUUCUCCUUUUGGAAAUAGCUUUUCUUUUGGCAACAAAGGGUGCUUGGCCCAUAGAGAGGAUUCGGUGAUGAACUGCCCUGGUGGCUGAGCAAUCUAGUUUGUUUGGAUGCACAUCCUUUUUGUUUGCUCUUAGCUAAUGUUCCUGGCGUAAACGGUUCUGAACAGUUAUGCAUCUGGAGAUAUGAUAUACAGAUCUACCAUGUUUGUUUUUAGUCCAAUCUUAAGAUCUGAAGUGUUUGAAUGCUUA